CGAGAGCAGGUCUCGGGGGCUCCGGCUGUGGGGACUGCUGGCCCUGGCAGCGAUGGCGACCCUGUGGGCCGCCCUCCUUCGUCUCGGCUCCAUGCUCAGCCUGUCCUGCCUGGCGCUCUCGGUGCUGCUGCUAGUGCAGCUGUCGGACGCCGCCAAGAAUUCUGAGGAUGUCCGAUGUAAAUGUAUCUGUCCUCCCUAUAAAGAUAAUUCUGGGCGUAUUUAUAAUAAGAACAUAUCCCAAAAAGACUGCUCAGAGGGAACAGAACACAAAAAAGUACGUUCUGAUAGGGCAAAGGGAAAGAAUCAGCCUGGAGCAUUGGAUGCCCUCAAGAAGUGAUUGCCUUCAUGUUGUGGACCCCAUGCCUGUGCGGGGGCCUGAUGUAGAAGCAUACUGUCUACGCUGUGAAUGCAAAUAUGAGGAGAGAAGUUCUGUUACGAUCAAGGUUACCAUUAUAAUUUAUCUCUCCAUUUUGGGCCUUCUGCUUCUGUACAUGGUAUAUCUUACUCUGGUUGAGCCCAUACUGAAGAGACGCCUGUUUGGACACUCACAAUUGAUACAGAGCGAUGAUGAUGUUGGGGAUCACCAGCCUUUUGCAAACGCCCACGAUGUGCUGGCCCGCUCCCGCAGUCGAGCCAAUGUGCUGAAUAAGGUAGAGUAUGCCCAGCAGCGUUGGAAGCUUCAAGUUCAAGAGCAGCGAAAAUCCGUCUUUGACCGUCAUGUUGUCCUCAGCUAAUUGGGAAUCGAAUUCAAGUCUGCCAGCCUCAUCAAAGCCCUGACUUACCUAUUUGAAUUUUGCACUGACUAUAUUAUCUGGACAUCUGGUUGGCCUGUGGCUGCACUUCAUGGUAAAUUGGAUCUGAAAUGCCUGGUGGCUCUUCACAAGAUGCAGAUUUUCUUCCUGUACUGUGAUGUCUGAUGCAAUGCAUCCUAGAACAAGCUGGCCGUUCGCUAGUUUACUCUAAUGAAUAAACAUAGUCUUCGUGUGUGGUCUUUCUCAUCUUCUUCUUCUUUAAGGAUGAAUCCUAAGGACUUGGACACUUGCAAUAAAGAAAUUUUCUUUUAAACCCAAGCCUCCCUGGAUUGAUGACAUACACAUAUUUGUCAGCAUCCCCAGUCAGGUUGAGAGGCAGCUGUUUGAGCUGUAGUGUGUACAGCUUUGAACUAGUACUGGAGUUCCAGUUGCCUCCCUCUGAAAGGUAUAGCAGUUAUUGGAUAACUGGCUUUUUUCUUCCUAUGUCCUCUUUGAAAUGUAACAAUAAAAAUAAUUUUUGAAACACC